UGCACGCACACACACAGGAUCACGUGUGUGUGUUUGUGCUUCUGCUGCUGCUCCAAGCUGAGCUGAUUGAAUGGAAAUCGGCGACACAGGCGAGCCUCGUCAAAACCCUCCUUGGUGAACAGCCAUGAGCCGACCCGGUAUUGGUGGGACUUCAUCUAUUCGUUUCUCCACCAGCACGCCAGGGAAUGGAUGCCCCCCCAUGGAUCUAACAGAAGAGGACAGGGACAAUCUGAGGUUUGAACUUGCCAAGAUGGAGGAGGAAAUCCAGACAUUGAGGCAGUUGGUGUUGGCCAAAGAGAAAUAUGCUGCAGAUAUCAGGAGGCAGCUGGGUAUGGGUCCUCUCAGUAACCUCAAACAGAACUUGUCGAAAGGCUGGCAAGAAGUUCAGACCUCAUCCCCAUAUCUCACAGCCUCUGCAACCCUGGAUGACAUCAGCAACUCCAACGUAUACGUGAGAACCAAGGAAGGUCUCGCUCAUGCAGGCCAUGUGACAUCUUCUGCAUUGUCCAAUAUGGGUGUAGUCAUCACCAGGAGGCUAGGAGAGAUGAGAGCUCUUCCCCUUCCAAGCCCGCCACGCACCCUGAGCCACACCAUGAGUGUGCCAUCUAUGAGACACUCUUCUACAUUCAAGUCUUUCGAAGAAAUGGUUGGCAGCAUGAAGGACAAGAUGACAAAUAAUGGAGAAACGUGUGGCUUUGAGAGAAAAGCUGCACGUUACAACACUUGAGAACUGUUUUUCAUAUAUGCCUGUGAAUAUUCUCAUUCAUCCUGGUCAUUGUAUUCUCAGGGCAUUGAAUCGGUAGCAAGUGGACUGUUCAGGUUGUCUUAGAAGACGUUUGCCUCUCAUCCGAGCAUGCUCAAUGACUAGAUGGGACAAAAACUAGUCUGACUAGAUAGGACAGCUCUAGUCUGAGGAGUCUGGUGCAGGAUCCAAAGUAUUUAUCCUCUGUUUUUCAUAUCAUAAUACAGAAUAUAAAUGCUCUCUUUGGUUUGUCUGUGAAAUGUAAAAUAUGAGCUACAUUACCAGAAUACUACUAUGCAAGGAUUUCGGCAUGAUGUUAAAUUCAUUCUAAGAAAUAUUUAUUUUGACCUCUACAUUGGCAGUUCAUUGGGAUUGUUUGUGACAUUAGCAAAUGAUAAUAUUCCUAAAUAUUUUUGUACUUAAAGAUUUUUCAAUUGAAGACAGUUAAAUGAUUCAUGUGCUAUGUUGAUCGUUAUGUGAAUAAAAUGGAGUGAAUUAAAAUGUUCCUCUCUAGAGAAAUUUUGAUUGAAAUUUGUAACGAUUCAUACCACAACAUUCAACUAAUGCCUUUAACCAUCAUAAGGGAGUGUCUGCAACUUGUUGCUAAUGACAUUUUUUAAACCAAAAAAUAUGAGAACACCACACCACAAAUACAAUUUGUUUGGAGUGAUUUGUGUGGUUAUGAUAGGCUAACCUUUCAAUGAUAGCUAAUGUUAGUAACUAAACUUAGCCACAUUACUAUUGUUAGCUGACAAAAAACAUGCGUGUAUGUUACAUCUUACGUACAUCUUACAUACUCAAAGCAGGAAGAGCCGGGUUGUAGUGUAAUACUAUGUGUACUUUCAAAUGUUGGUGCCCACUUGGCAGCUGGAAGUUCUUACAGUCCCUUUGAGAGAUCUUGGGGACAUUUUGUACCAUGUUCAAUCCUCCCCUCAGUGACAGUGUGAAUGUGCAUGGUUGUCUGUCUCUAUAUGUGCCCUGCAAUUGACUUCCUUUAAAUUUGCCUAUAUGUUAAAGCUAUACAAAAACCAACACAUUUUCCCCAAUGACAGAAAGAUCCUAUUAAAAAAAAAGCUUCUUCAGUUCUAAAACUGUG